GCCAGCGGCGUGGUCAUUCUCGGCCACGCUGCGCUUUUGGACAAGCCCAUCGACGAGGCUUUUUCCGGGGAGGCGGUCUAGGUGGUCGGCCGCGAGCUCCCAAAUCUGCGCCCCAAUGGGGAAGACCAUCGAGGCGCCACGGGAGGACACAGGAGGCGCGCAACGGGGAAGAGGGGAGUUGGUGGGAUUUCGGCCAGCGAGUUGUGGAGGAGCUGGAUAGCGGGGAUGACUUCGAUACACAGGGCGUUGAGGGGGCUUCGAGUGCGUUGGCCCAUCGGAUUGCUAGUGAUCCACUUCGAUUCACGGGGAUAGACUUGGGCGACAGGGAUGGUAAUACUCGAUCACGGAGGGCAUUUGCAUUGGAAAAUGGGGAUGACAGCGACGAAACUUCGGAUGACUCGGAACAAGACUCGGACGGCGAGGACGGCGUUCGGCUGCCUUUGCUGGAUCCGGAGGAGGAAGCACUCGCCGACGCCGCAAUGGCACGGAUACAGCGGGCCCAGGCAAAGGGCAAGAGGGACGUCAAGCUGAGCAAGGAAGAACUGGCCGCCUACCAGCGACGGCUACAGCGCAUGGAGGAGGAGAAGCACAGGCAACGGCGGCGGCAGCGAGUUGCCAUCCCGCUUACGCACCUCGACUCCGGACCUCGGCAGAAAAGAAUAACACAAGGGGACGACAGCCCUUCACGGGAAGCCUCACCGGAGUCGGAAGAAGACCGGCCGCUUGGUUACCCGCCAAUGGGUUACUUUCCGCCUCCAUCGCGUGCCCGCCAGGCAUCUGGGACCAAUUCAUCGAGAUCGGCCAGUCGAACAGCGACGGAGAGGGAACAGAGUUCUUCGCCCUUUACGUAUUCUUACGUUCAACGGCCGGACCUGCCGGCCGCUGUUCGCCAAACUUCUGAUCCAACCACCGGCAGACCCCUUUCCCAAUCUCUCACCGGCGCGCCGCUCUCGGCCGCAGCGUCCGACCCAUUUCAAUACAUGACGGCGGGAGCGCGUACCUCGUACCAUGCUGGAGGCGGCUCCUUGCGGAACAGCAUGGUCGAGGUUGACGACAUCUAUGCCAGCUAUGGCUCAGGACAUCCCCCUAGUGGCGCCAGCAGACGACUUAGCGGCGAGGCCUUCAAUGAGGACAACGACGGUCUGCAAGCGGCGGCAGUCGUCAGCUCGGGGAGCGGCAGCCGGUCUCGGCCACGGGACAGUGUUGACAGCCAGCGGGAAUCACGGCGCACAACCCGAGAUCGAACGCCGCCUCCCUCAAAGAAGUCCUCGGCCGAAAAGUCGCUUGUCAACGUGAAACGCAAGUCGGUGGCGGGCAGUACCAAGUCGGGGCGGAAGAAGACGAAAUAGUUUGAUAUCUCGUGUUUUCCGAGGUCAAAUGCCGAGUGAUCGAGGGUACCAGGCGUAAUAACGGAAGCGAAAAGGUGACUGGUGACAUGGAAUUGCAGUGAAUAGACUACUAGUAUUGCCUCUCAAUCACGAUUUGGUUUUCCCCUCUGAGUUCACAAAUGGCAUGCUGCCGAGCCGUUGGAGUAACAAGCAAGGAGAUUGUGGUAUAACUCAGCUUAUCCUAGAACGCCUACCUACUGCAAGCAGCAUAUCCUCCCAGAGUUCUUUUUCUUGUUUCAUGUCAUACCUUCAUCACAAAUCAAUCAUCAUCCCAUCAUUUCCCAACAUUUAAGAAAAGAAAUUAGCAAUCCCCUUCUUCAACCCAUCCCCCCACCCUCC